CUGCAGCGGAUCGUCGCCGCGGCCGCCGCCGCCGCCUCCGCCGUUCCUACCGUAACAGCUUGGACCGCCCCCGGCUGGCCCGGCUCGGCCCCAUCUACUGAAGGGAAACAGCUGCGGCCUCGACCGGCGGUGCCCAAGCGUUCCUGCAUGCAGGACAUGCACCAGGCAAUGUGCCGAUCGCUCGCCAUCGAUCGGUUUAUCGACGGCGACGACACCCUGUCAGAGAAACGAAGGAAACAGUAUACUGUGACCUCCGUCCACCCUUCGCAGUCGUCCUCGUCCUCGUCCUCGCUCAUGUCUUCACCGCCUGUGUCGUCGCCGUCCUCCUCGUCGCCUCCGUCAGACACUGCCGAAAUCGAGCAAAAGCUGCGCGACGGGGUGUGGGAAGCGGAGACGAUCUACUACACUGCCAGCAACGGUGUCAGCCAUCAACAGCGCCUGAAGAAGGGCACAGCGUACCGCAGCGUAGAGACGUCGGAAUUCGUUUGUUUCGUCAGUCAUGACAGUACUAUUUACCGUAUCGGAGGUCUCAAAUGGCACAAGAUAAAAAAAAUGAUGAUCGCGCUGCCUACCUAA